AUGCCGCGCAUUGACGAGCCGUUGCCGCAGCGCGGCUCGCCGGGACCCGAUAAGAUGCCGAAGGGCUGGGGCAUCGACGCGACGAUUUCGAUCCUGGAUGCGACGGGCAAGCGUCAUCAGUUGAAGAUCUCUGCAAUGAGCCGCUCCGACUCAGCCGCCACCACCGUCAUCGUCCAGGAUCGCCCGGUCACCUUUGGCCACGGAAAAUCGAAGUACCCCGAGGAGAUGUCGCUGCAG